UUGUGAUGACGUCACGAAGUGAGCCUUCCCUCGAAGUGCGUCCCUAAUCGCUGCUUUACUCAGGGCUCUAAGUAUGGACGACUACGAGAGUGUAUUGUUGGUAAAAUCUGAGGUAUUUGUGUAUAGAAUACCUCCAAGACAAUCUAACAGAGGAUACAGAGCGGCAGAUUGGAAUCUAGGAACACCAGACUGGACUGGUCGUAUGCGAUUGGUUAAUAGAAAGCAGGAGUGUAUUCUAAAGUUGGAGGACAAGACUUCAGGGGAGUUGUUUGCUAAAUGCCCCAUCGAUAAGUAUCCUGGUGUUGCCCUAGAGGCCGUCACAGAUUCUUCACGUUAUUUUGUCUUAAGAAUUCAGGAUGAAGGAGGUAAGCUGGCCAAGGAUGAAGGAGGUAGAGCAGCAUUCAUUGGACUUGGUUUUGGAGAUAGAUCGGAUAGUUUUGAUUUAAAUGUAGCUCUGCAAGACCACUUCAAGUAUGUCAAAAAAGAAGAGGAGGCUGAAAAAGAAAAGGAGGAAGGAAAACCAACACUAGAUUUAGGUUUUAAGGAUGGGCAAACUAUCAAGAUUAAUAUGAAAAUAACUAAAAAAGAAGGUCAGGAAGGCACAAACAGACCAAAGCCAAAAGGUGCUGGUCCUGGACUUGGGCUGCUCCCUCCACCUCCUGGUGGAGUAAAAUUAGCUCCUCCCCCUGGUAGUGCAAAUACGACUCCAUCGCCCUCUGGACCCUCGCCACCUACUAGCAGUCUUGAUUUACUUGGAGUUCUUGGAUCUGCACCAAGUAACCCACCUACAGCAGCACCACCAGCUGCCGCUGCAGGUAGUGGAGGUACAGAAAUGUGGGGAGAUUUUGCAAGUGCUACACCUAAACCAACACCACCGAGUGAACCACCAAGUGGGGGAUCGGGCAACAGCUGGGUAACAUUUUGAGUUUUUACGUUUUUUUUUUAUGUAAACAGAAUUGUCAAACUUAGGUCAUAGCAUGUCUUCAUUUUGUCAAGUUGUGAGAAGAGUAUUUUCAUUAAUUUAGUGUACAUAAACCUCCUUGAGUUUUUCCAAAUACUGCACUGUAAUGAAUGAUCAGUCAGUUGAUCCCAAGCAGCGAUGAUAUUACUUUUACACAGUCUUUUAGGGAAAGCUCUCUCUCUCUCUCUCUCUCUCUCUCUCUCUCUCUCUCUCUCUCUCUCUCUCUCUCUCUCUCUCAAUCACAUUCCCAAAAUGGUAUUUAGAUUUUAUUUGCUUAAUAUCCCAUGGUUAUGAAGGAGAUAUUCAAAAGCUUUAAAAGUACCUUGAGUGUAGAAAGCAAAUCUGUUUAAUUUUUUCGCUGAUAACUUUGAUUGGCGUGAAUAGUAAGCUCAAUAUGUCAUAAAAUGUUCAGUUAUUGAUUACAGUAAUUAGUACCUCAGGUCAAUUGAUGGAAAGAUUUAUUUACAGAUGAUGUCAAUUUACCUUUCAUUAGUCCUUUGGUAGAUUUUAUUAGCUUUAUGGACCGUGGGAGUUUAAUUGACACCAGCAUUUAUUGGGAUCUUUGUUAGUUUCUCUCUUGGCCAUCGAGACUUCACAAAGUGCUGAAUUUUGUUGACAGUUUACAAGCCUCUCAAUUUAGUCAUAUUAAAAUGCCCAGUACAGUGUGAGGUUAGCUGAGAAUAGUGCUACAUCACAGAUGUCAUUGUUAUGCUGCUACCAUAAGACAUAAAAGUAUACUUAAUUGCUUAGAUCCCAGUGCCCUUCUUAUCUAACAUGGUACACCAUUUCUGGAUAGUCUGACAAAUACAUUUUUGUUAAUAAAACUUAAAUUCAUUAAGGUGGAUUGAUAUUUGUCUCCUCUAGAGGUUCAGUUAGCAUGGUAUUCUUCAUUAUGGCUGCAUUAGAUGACAUACUAAGUUCAAUCAUGUAGAUGAAGAAUACCACCACCAAAAUUUCUCAGCUUCACCCUGUGGGCAAGUCUUACAAUGGUUUGAAGGUUUUUUUUUUUUCUCAGGUAAUGUUAGUUAUUUUGUUUAUUAUGCUAUAGGCAGCUCCAUAGCCCCGUUUUAAGAGCUGUUCUCUACUACAGUAGAUAUUGAUUUAAUUGUAUUGCUGCAUAGGGUUAUCUUUUUUUUUUUUUUUUUUGGAUAUUUGUUUCACUUCAAGAGCAAUGCUACAUAAUUCUGGUAGCUCAUAUCUUAGCAUUUGAGGUAUACAUUUCCAUAGCUAAGCAAAUAAUUGCAGUACAGUGUGGCAUAUGCAUUUAGUAUAUUCUCACAUGAAUGGUGCUCUCCUUCCAACCCUUCCAAUUGGCUUGAGGUCGUAGUAACUUAUAAGACUUAAGAGAAUAAAAGGUCUACUUUUAGAGGACUAAAGACUGCUACAUAUUGAUGACUGUUCGCUGCUAACUUUGCAUUUUACUAGGCAGUGUAGCAAUAGUAAAAUCCACGUGAAAGGCUUGUUGUAAGAGCAUAAUCAUUGCAUUAAGUCUGUAUGCAGUAUUUAUGUUGUUGGUUCUUGUGGUGUACAUGACUUCAAAAAGGUUGUCAAUUUCUUAUUUUUGAGCAUACAUCACUUACAUAUCCAUAAAAGAAUUUUUUUUAAGUAGUCUUGAAGUUGUUUAGUAGAUUAAUUUGUUGCAUUCUGUAAACAUUUUAAGUGAGAUAAUUCAAAGUUUUCUGAUAAGGCAGCAAUUAUUACAUGAAUGGGGUUGGUUUAAAUGAAGAACAUUUCUUUCCUGAUGAAAUAAAAGAGAAGUGCAGUAUAAAAGUUUGUAGAAUUUUCAUAUGUAUAUAAUUUGAAGUGAUGUUCAGAAGAGAAACAUGAAAAAAAUUAGAAUUUGCUUUUUACACUUGUGGUAAGUCUUGCCCCUUUUCCUCGAGUGAAAAAAUUGGUAGUAAAUUUGUAUUCUACAAGAUGAUUGAGAGAAAAUUUUGGAUAUACUACGUACAGUAUUUAAGAUAAAUAUAUUUGAGUAGCAUAAGAAGGUGAGAUUUUAUUUUUCUCUGCUGUUUAGGGUGUUAGUGAGUGAUAUGUACAUUUAUUUUAUUAUACAAUAAUAUG